UGAAAGUAUGGACGAUUGUCGGAGGAAACUAUACUACUCUUCACAACCUAGCUUCAAGGUCCCUUUAAUACCAACAAGCAGGUAUAGCAAGAUGACCUAUGGCUACUGAGGAACCAGGUGUUCGAUGAGAUGCUAUACUUGCCGAUUUAACAUAAUGAUGAUGAAUUCUGACCUACCUUACCAGAGAUUGCUCAAUCAAGAAUUUGAGAAAUUAUAUGGGUACGAUUUUUCAAAGGUGGACCCUAUUCCAGAUUACGAAGGAGUAAACCUUCUCGAAGACAAAGAUCCAGAUAUCAUUGAUAUUGACUACUCUAGUCUCGACUUCGAAAAUUUGGACAUAGACCUUCCUCUCAUCGUAAAAUCAAGUGAAACGCGAUCAGAAUUCUCGAACAAAAACACAUUGGAUAUCUUCUCUGUUGAUGAGACAGACGUGGACCAUUCCGAACCUUCUAACAUAAAACCCUGCCUCAAAAAAAGUGCCAAGCCUAAAAAGAGGAAAGCCAGGGCUAAAAAGAACAAAAAAAACAAAGUUUUCAUAAAAAGUUCCGGGGAGACUUGAAUUGCUCUGAGAACCAGAGCCAGCUCAAGGCUCAGAGCAUAAACCCAUUUUCACUAACACAUCACUAUCUGGUAAUACAGUGGUUAUUCCUGAAAAAGUGUCGACUAAUUUUCAAC